AUGCCUAACUUUUGCUUGUCCGCGGACGCCAACCAGCUGGAAAACGGUGUCAAGGUCCACCUCUGGGAAUGUGACAACACCUGGCAGAGCAAAGGGCAAAACUUUGUGGUGGAUGCCGAAAAUCGAUUUCGCAUGCAUGCGAACACCGACUAUUGCCUUGUGGUUGAUGGAGAUCACUUUGUCAAUGGAGCCAAGAUCCAACUUUGGAAGUGCAACUCGGACAUGUAG